CACCGAGCGAGCCCGGGAGGAAGGCGGAGGAGGUGGUGUCCCUGUUGGUGCCCUGGCUGAAUGUCCCUCCUGGACACACGUGGCAAAAUGGAGUAUCAAGGAGGACCUGUGCGGUUCCCAGCACCCACACCUGCUAGUGGUGGCCCCAGCUCCAGGGAAUCCGACGGGGGAUAAAAACGAGCAACCACCCACCCACUUCGCAGAAUUCUACAACACUUACCAUCCUCCCUCUUGAUGGUUCCAGAAAGCCUUGCAGAGAAAACCUGAAGACGAGUUUCCAAUCCAAAAAGAAAGAGGAAUUAGUUCGUGUGAACCCUAUCUUUCCCACCAUACUUGUUCAUCUUUACGGUAGAUUUACAACGAAAAGCUUACACUAGCAUCCUCUUAAAUAAAAAUCCGAUCAUAGUAGUGGUGCGAUCCUACUCAACACAGAACCCAACCACCAGCGCCACCACCAAACAUUUUACUUAGCUCAUUUUUCUUCAAGGCUCUUUUUGCAGGCUAGACAUAUUCCCACCUUCGGGUCUACUGGUCUAGCGAGGUACUGGCGCUCCCUUUACCCAGGACGCCUACUGUACUCAAGACGCUUGUACAAUAAAUUCCACACUUCAUGGUCUUUUUCAAGUCCCGGGUCUUACCAACCUGACAAUCGUAUUUAAAAGCGCUUUCCCCGCACGCCCUCCCUAUUUGCUUUUCCCAUAGCCGUGGUCACUAGCUAACAGGACAUUCUUGCAUCUAAGGUCCCAGAAACAUCCUCUCCAUCCCAAGAGUUCACCGCGAGGAUCCCAAGAAAUAAAACGGCGCCCAGGUGGGGUGCAGCAGGCACCGAGUGCGCGAAUGAAAGGACAAACGCCGUUACCGCACACUUACACACUUGGCUCAGCACCGCCGCUGCGGAAACCGAAAAGACUUCAUCGCAGGCGCCGGCGAGUCUGCGGGUUCCAAUGGAGAGGGUCUGCCCCACCGGAAGUGGAGCGGGGGGGUGGGGCUUCCCAGAGAACGCCUACUUCCCCGCCAGUCUCCCCUCUCAGCACACCGCCGAGGACUCGGGGGGAGCCGUGCACCUCACCCCUCGGCCCCACAUCUGACAGCGAGAGGGCUUUACAGACAGCCACACUAAGAAACGACCCGCUGUCGCCCCUGCAACCCCAUACAGGUCCCCGGAGUGGGAAGCAAAACGCACGGGACCACUUCCGCCCAACUUCUUUCCUACCUUGCCCGGAGCUUCGGGGCAGAGCGGAAGUGACGCACGGAGAGUUUCUGGGGCUGACACGAUUACCUGGUUUCUAUAUGCUGCCCCCUGCACGGCUGGUCUCUAGGAGCAUCCGGCUUGCCCCGUCCUGGAUCUGCAACUCUUCUCGUUCCUUCAUGGAUCUGAAGGCUCUCCUUUCCUCCUUGAACGACUUUGCAUCCCUCUCCUUUGCCGAGAGUUGGGACAAUGUGGGAUUACUGGUGGAACCGAGCCCUCCCCAUACUGUGAAGACCCUCUUCCUGACCAACGACUUGACGGAGGAGGUCAUGGAAGAGGCUCUGCAAAAGAAGGCGGACCUCAUUCUCUCCUACCAUCCACCGAUCUUCCGGGCCAUGAAGCGCGUAACUUGGAAAACCUGGAAGGAGCGCCUGGUGAUCCGGGCGCUGGAGAACAGGGUCGCCAUCUACUCCCCGCACACGGCCUAUGAUGCCGCACCCCAGGGAGUCAACAGCUGGUUGGCCAAAGGGCUUGGAACUUGCACUGCCAGGCCCAUCCACCCCUCCAAAGCUCCUAACUAUCCCACAGAGGGGGCCCACCGAGUAGAAGUCAGUGUGAACCACACCCAAGACCUGGACAAAGUCGUGUCCGCAGUGAAAGGAAUUGGAGAGGUUUCUGUCACUUCUUUUUCCGCUAGGUGUGAUGACGAGGAACACACACGAAUCAGCCUGAAUUGUACUCAGAAGGCUUUGAUGCAGGUGCUAGCUUUUCUCUCCCAGAACAGACAACUUUAUCAGAAAACUGAAAUUCUGUCACUGGAGAAGCCUUUGCUUCUGAAUACCGGAAUGGGCCGGUUGUGCACCCUGGAUGAACCUGUCUCCCUGGCAACAGUGAUAGAGCGAAUCAAAGGACACCUAAAGCUAGCUCACCUGCGCUUAGCUCUUGGAGUAGGGAAGACCGUGGAGUCUCCAGUCAAAGUUGUAGCCCUGUGUGCUGGUUCUGGGGGCAGCGUUCUACAAGGAGUGGAGGCUGACCUUUACCUCACAGGUGAAAUGUCCCACCAUGAUGUUCUGGAUGCUGCCUCCAAAGGAAUAAAUGUCAUUCUUUGUGAACACAGCAACACCGAACGAGGCUUCCUUUCCGAUCUUCAAGAAAUGCUGGGUGUCCACUUGGAGAAUAAGAUUAAUAUUAUCCUGUCUGAGACAGACAGGGACCCUCUUCGUGUGGUUUAAAACACACAAGAUGUCAUGGUGACACAAGCCACCUAUCAUUUGGAUGGAAAUAGGACUGUGCGGGAAGAGCUGGUGGUGCUGACAUCCUGCAGAACAGCUCGAUCGACAUCAUUUUCAGUUCUUCGGUCUGGCUCGCUAAUGUUACAGCUCAUGAGGUAAAGACCAUAUGUAAAGAGUACAAUAAAGACAAAUAUUCACUAUAAACUCUUGGAAAAGGUGACUAAAACCUGUAUGUAACAAGG